AUGUUUGCGCUUUACCUUACCGCUGAGCUUAAUGGAGUCACCAACCUCCGCCCUGACGACACCGAGGGAAACCCGUUCUGGUACACCUUCAAGGUUCAGUGCACCUCCUGCAGGGAGGUCCAUGAAAAGCCCGUUGGCGUGAGCCGCUUUGAAAACAACGAGAUGAGCGGCAGCCGUGGCGAGGCCAACUUUGUGUGGAAGUGCAAGAACUGCAAGAGAGAGUCGUCGGCUUCCAUCAUCGCUGCCCCGACCGCCUAUGAGCAAACAGAACCCGCCAAGAAGCAAAAGAUUAUCCAGUUUGACUGCAGAGGUUUGGAGUUUGUCGAGUUCAACCCCGAGGGUGCUUGGCUUGCCGAGGGUGUUGACUCCAACACCAAGUUCACCGACAUUGACCUGACCGAGGGUGAAUGGUUCGAUUACGAUGAGAAGGCCAACGAUGAGGUUAGCAUCAAGGAGCUCAAGUGGGACAUCAACCGGGCUUAG